GCCCAUGGAUCUGUCAUCUGUGGCAUCUCCUCCUUCCUGAGGUGUAUGGAGGCUUUGUGCUCCAGGUCCGAACCGUACUGGGUGCAAUGAAAGCUCCAUGCAGGCCUUACCAUGGAAGGCUGUGACUCGCCUGUCAUCCCUGGGAAGGACAAUGGGUGUAGUAUCCCUCAGCACCAGCAAUGGACUGAACUCAACAGCACCCACCUCCCUGACAAACCCAGUAGUAUGGAGCAGUCCACCACAGAAAACCACGGGCCCCUAGACAGCCUGAGGGCCCCCUUCAAUGAGCGCAUCCCGGACAGCACCAACCCGGCUGGCCCCACCGCUGAGCCCGCUAGCAAAGAGGUCAGCUGCAACGAAUGCUCGGCCUCCUUUGCCAGUUUACAGACCUAUAUGGAGCACCACUGCCCCAGCGCCCGCCCCCCUCUUCCCCUGAGGGAGGAAAGUGGGAGUGACACCAGUGAGGAGGGUGAUGAGGAGAGUGAUGUGGAGAAUCUAGCUGGAGAGAUAGUCUACCAGCCAGAUGGCUCGGCAUACAUUGUCGAAAGUGUCAGCCAGUUGAUCCAAAGUGGGGGAGCCUGUAGCAGCGGCAGUGGGGCUCUCCCGUCGCUCUUUCUGAACUCUCUCCCCAGUGCUGGGGGUAAACAGGGGGAGCCCUCUUCCGCUGCACCAGUCUACCCACAGAUCAUCAAUACUUUCCACAUAGCCUCAUCCUUCGGGAAAUGGUUUGAGGGCUCAGACCAGUCCUUCCCCAAUACCUCAGCCCUGACGGGCAUCAGCCCCGUCCUGCACAGCUUCCGCGUUUUUGAUGUGCGACAUAAAAGCAACAAGGAUUACCUGAACAGCGAUGGUUCUGCCAAAAGCUCCUGUGUAUCCAAAGAUGUCCCCAACAAUGUGGACCUGUCCAAGUUUGACGGCUUUGUGCUCUAUGGGAAGAGGAAGCCCAUUCUCAUGUGUUUCUUGUGUAAGCUCUCCUUUGGAUACGUCCGCUCGUUUGUGACCCAUGCGGUGCAUGACCAUCGAAUGACCCUGAGUGAAGAAGAGAGGAAAAUUCUUAGUAAUAAGAACAUUUCCGCUAUCAUCCAAGGAAUAGGCAAAGACAAGGAACCCCUUGUAAGUUUUCUGGAACCAAAAACCAAAAACUUUCAACACCCCUUAGUUUCUGCAGCUAACCUCAUAGGCCCCGGACACAGCUUUUAUGGUAAAUUUAGCGGCAUUCGGAUGGAAGGGGAGGAGGUGCUCCAGGGCUCUUCGGCCAGUGCCGCAGAGCAGCCCCAGUCAGGCCUCUUGACACCCGGGACCCUCUUGAACCUUGGUGGGCUGACCAGCUCGGCUCUGAAGACCCCAAUUACCUCAGUCCCCCUGGGCCCCCUGGCUUCCAGUCCUGCCAAAUCCUCAGAGGGCAAGGACCCUGGGGUGGCAGAGGGUGAGAAGCAAGAAGUGGGUGACCGGGAUAGCCUCUCAGAGAAGGCGGAGCCAGCCGAGGACGUGGAGGAGGAGGAAGAGGAGGAAGAGGAAGAUGCAGAGGAGGAGGAGGAGGAAGAGGAAGAUGAGGAGGAGGAGGAGGAGGAGGAGGAAGAUGAGGGUUGCAAAGGACUCUUUCCAGGCGAGUUGGAGGAGGAGUUGGAGGACCGGCCCCAUGAGGAGUCUGGGGCCAUGGCAGGUGGCAGCAACAAAAAUGACCUUGCUCUCUCAAACCAAAGCAUUUCUAACUCUCCCUUAAUGCCUAACAUGCUCCAGACUUUGUCGAGGAGCGCAGCUUCUACUAGUUCUAAUUCUGCUUCUUCCUUUGUUGUCUUUGAUGGUGCAAACAGGAGGAAUCGGUUAAGCUUUAACAGCGAGGGUGUCAGGGCCAGUGUGGCAGAGGGCAGCAGGAGGUUGGACUUCAUUGAUGAAAGUGCCAGUAAAGACAGUGCUGCAGCACCAGAACCAAAUGAAAGCGCAGAGGGGGACGAUGGGGGCUUCCUCCCCCAUCACCAGCACGCUGGAACCCUCUGUGAGCUUGGGGCGGGGGAGUGCCCCUCGGGGAGUGGCGUGGAGUGCCCCAAGUGCGACACGGUCCUGGGCUCCUCGCGCUCCCUGGGGGGGCACAUGACCAUGAUGCAUUCUCGUAACUCGUGUAAGACGCUCAAGUGUCCCAAGUGCAAUUGGCACUAUAAGUACCAGCAGACGCUUGAGGCGCACAUGAAGGAGAAGCACCCGGAGCCUGGCGGCUCGUGCGUCUACUGCAAGAGUGGGCAGCCUCACCCGCGGUUGGCACGAGGCGAGAGCUACACGUGUGGUUACAAGCCUUUCCGCUGUGAGGUCUGCAACUACUCUACUACUACCAAAGGCAACCUCAGUAUUCAUAUGCAGUCUGACAAGCAUCUGAACAACAUGCAGAACCUGCAGAACGGAGGGGGAGAGCAAGUCUUCAGUCACACCGCCGGGGCGGCGGCCGCGGCUGCGGUGGCCGCGGCUGCGGCCGCGAACAUUGGCAGUACCUGCGGGGCCCCCUCCCCCACCAAACCAAAAACCAAGCCCACCUGGCGGUGUGAGGUGUGCGACUAUGAGACAAACGUGGCCAGGAACCUCCGCAUCCACAUGACCAGUGAGAAGCACAUGCACAAUAUGAUGCUGCUUCAGCAGAAUAUGACCCAGAUGCAACACAACCGGCACCUGGGCCUGGGGGCCCUGCCCUCCCCGGCCGAGGCAGAGCUCUACCAGUACUACCUGGCCCAGAACAUGAGUCUGCCCAACCUCAAGAUGGACAGCCCCGCCUCCGACGCCCAGUUCAUGAUGAGCGGAUUUCAGCUGGAUCCCACCGGCCCCAUGACGGCAAUGGCGUCUCCGGCUCUAGUGGGCGGUGAAAUACCCCUAGACAUGCGGCUGGGGGGUGGGCAGCUGGUGUCUGAGGAACUGAUGAACUUGGGUGAGAGCUUCACGCAGACCAAUGACCCAUCCCUGAAGCUUUUCCAGUGUGCGGUGUGUAACAAAUUCACCACGGACAGCCUGGACCUGCUGGGACUGCACAUGAACAUGGAACGUGGCCUUCCUGAGGAGGAAUGGAAGGCAGUGAUGGGGGACUCCUAUCAGUGCAAACUUUGCCGGUACAAUACCCAGCUCAAGGCCAAUUUUCAACUCCAUUGCAAGACAGACAAGCACGUACAGAAGUACCAACUAGUGGCGCACAUCAAGGAAGGUGGGAAGGCCAAUGAGUGGAGAUUGAAGUGUGUGGCCAUUGGAAACCCUGUACAUUUGAAGUGCAAUGCCUGUGAUUACUAUACUAAUAGCCUGGAGAAACUACGGCUCCACACGGUCAACUCGAGGCAUGAAGCAAGCCUGAAGCUGUACAAGCACCUUCAGCAGCAUGAGACUGGGGUAGAGGGAGAGAGCUGCUACUAUCACUGCGUCCUGUGCAGCUAUUCCACCAAGGCCAAGCUCAACCUCAUACAGCACGUGCGCUCCAUGAAACAUCAGCGGAGCGAGAGCUUGCGCAAACUUCAGAGGCUCCAGAAGGGUCUUCCUGAGGAAGAAGACGACUUGGGGCAGAUCUUCACUAUCCGCAAGUGCCCAGCCACCGAUCCAGAAGAAUCAAUUGAAGAUGCCGAAGGACCCAGUGAAACAGCUGCUGACCCAGAGGAGCUCACUAAAGAUCCAGAAAGUGGAGGCGAUAAAGACCAGGGCAAGUGGCCAGCAUCGUCCAGCCAAGCAGAGAAGGAGCUCCCAGAUUGUCCUGCAGCCUCCAAACGUACGUCCUUCCCGAGUAGCUCGGAGCCCCCCCUCUCUUCCAAGCGACCCAAAACAUCGGAAGAGGCCAGAUCAGAGCAGAUGUUCCAGUGUCCAUACUGUAAGUACAGUAACGCUGAUGUGAACAGGCUUCGGGUGCACGCCAUGACUCAGCACUCGGUGCAGCCCAUGCUUCGUUGCCCGCUCUGCCAGGACAUGCUGAACAACAAGAUUCACCUGCAGCUGCACCUCACCCACCUCCACAGCGUGGCCCCGGACUGUGUCGAAAAGCUCAUCAUGACGGUGACAACCCCCGAGAUGAUGAUGCCCAGCAGCAUGUUUCUCCCGACUGCUAUUCCAGACAGAGAUGGCAGCUCCAACCCGGAAGAGGCAGGAAAGCAGCCUGAAACCUCAGAGGAUCUGGGGAAGAGCGUCCUGCCGUCAGAGAGCAUGGAACACAGUGGAGAGCCAAAGCCCUCCCCCGCUGACCCAAGCUCUGCACGCGAGGAAUCGGGCUUCCUCUGCUGGAAGAAGGGAUGCAACCAAGUCUUCAAAACCUCUUCAGCCCUUCAGACGCAUUUCAAUGAGGUCCACGCAAAGAGGCCUCAGCUGCCCGUGUCCGACCGCCACGUGUACAAGUACCGCUGUAAUCAGUGCAGCCUGGCCUUCAAGACUGUGGAGAAACUUCAGCUCCAUUCUCAGUACCACGUCAUCAGGGCGGCCACCAUGUGCUGCCUCUGCCAGCGCAGUUUUCGGACUUUCCAGGCCUUGAAAAAGCAUCUGGAGACGAGCCACCUGGAGCUGAGUGAGGCGGACAUCCAGCAGCUUUACAGCGGCCUCCUGGUCAACGGAGACCUCCUGGCCAUGGGCGACCCGUCCCUGGCGGAAGACCACACCAUCAUCGUGGAGGAGGAUAAGGAAGAGGAGAGCGACUUGGAAGACAAGCAGAGCCCCGCUGGCAGCGAUUCCGGGUCGGUCCAAGAGGAUUCUGGCUCGGAACCAAAGAGGGCUCUUCCUUUCAGAAAAGGCCCAAAUUUCACGAUGGAAAAGUUUCUGGAUCCUUCCCGCCCUUACAAAUGUACAGUCUGCAAGGAGUCUUUCACCCAAAAGAACAUUCUGUUGGUUCACUACAAUUCCGUCUCCCAUCUGCACAAGUUAAAGAGAGCCCUCCAGGAGUCCGCGACGGGUCAGCCCGAGCCGACCAGUAGCCCAGACAACAAGCCUUUUAAGUGUAACACCUGCAACGUGGCCUACAGCCAGAGCUCCACCCUGGAGAUCCACAUGAGGUCCGUGCUGCAUCAGACCAAGGCUCGGGCGGCAAAGCUGGAGGCCGCGGGGGGCAGCGGGGCCAGCAACGGCACAGGGAACAGCAGCAACAGCGUCCCUCUGGGAGCUUCCGCACUGAGUCCGGUCCACACGAGUGGGGGCAGCAGCGCCUUCCCCACGACCAGCACGGGCGGCGCCGGCACCGGCCCCAGCGCCAGUCUGCUCGGCCAGGCAACAAGCGAUGGUGCCGGCAUGCCACCCCUUGGGAAUCCCGGAGCAGCCAGCAUCGCCUCCCCUUCGGAGCCCAAGGAGGUCAACCGCAAGAAGCUGGCGGAUAUGAUCGCCUCCAGGCAGCAGCAGCAGCAGCAGCAGCAGCAGCAGCAGGCCCAGACGCUGGCCCAGGCCCAGGCCCAGGCCCAAGCCCAGGCUCAGGCCCACCUGCAGCAGGAGCUGCAGCAGCAGGCGGCCCUCAUCCAGUCUCAGCUGUUUAACCCCGCCCUCCUGCCUCACUUCCCCAUGACCACGGAGACCUUGCUCCAGCUCCAGCAGCAGCAGCAUCUCCUCUUCCCGUUCUUCAUCCCCAGCGCCGAGUUCCAGCUCAACCCGGACGUGAGCCUGCCUGUCACAAGCGGGGCAAGCCUGAUGCUGACAGGGACUGGCCCCACCCUGCUGGAAGACCUGAAGGCUCAGGUCCAGAUCCCGCAGCAGAGCCACCAGCAGAUCCUGCAGCAGCAGCAACAGAGCCAACUCUCCCUGUCCCAGACGCACACGUCUCUCCUCCCGCAGGGCCAGCACCCGGAGAGGAAGAACAAGGCCGUGGUCAAGGAGAAAGACAAAGAGGGCCAGAGGGAAAGGGAAACCGUGGAGAGGGCGGAUGGGAACGCGGGCUCUAAGGAAUCCCCGCCGGACCCCUUGAAGCCCAAAGACAAGAAAGACUCGGCGCCAGGAGGUGGUUCGGAAUCGUCGAUGCUCCCGCCGCGCAUUGCCUCGGACGCGAGGGGCAAUGCCACCAAGGCCUUGCUGGAGAACUUCGGCUUUGAGCUGGUUAUCCAGUAUAACGAGAAUAAGCAGAAGGUGCAGAAGAAGAGCGGCAAGGCGGAGGCCGGUGACCGCUUGGAAAAACUGGAGUGUGACUCGUGCGGCAAGCUCUUCUCCAACAUCCUGAUCCUGAAGAGUCACCAAGAGCACGUUCAUCAAAAUUACUUUCCCUUUAAGCAGCUGGAGAGGUUUGCCAAGCAGUACAGAGAACACUACGAUAAGCUGUACCCGCUGAGGCCGCAGACGCCGGAUGCGCCGCCCCCACCCCCGCCGCCGCCGCCGCCUCCGCCCCCGCUGCCCGCGGCCCCUCCUCAGCCAGCUUCUACGCCUACUCUUCCCGCGCCAGCCCCAUCUAUCGCUUCUCCCACCAUCGCACCGGCCCAGCCCUCUGUGCCGCUCACACAGCUCUCUAUGCCGAUGGAGCUGCCCAUCUUCUCACCGCUCAUGAUGCAGACCAUGCCGCUGCAGACGUUGCCAGCCCAGCUGCCCCCUCAGCUCGGUCCCGUCGACCCUCUGCCCGCCGAUCUGGCGCAGCUCUACCAACAUCAGCUCAAUCCCAGCCUGCUCCAGCAGCAGAACAAGAGGCCCCGGACCAGAAUCACGGACGACCAGCUCCGCGUCCUCCGGCAGUAUUUUGACAUCAACAACUCCCCCAGCGAGGAACAAAUCAAGGAGAUGGCAGACAAGUCCGGACUGCCCCAGAAGGUGAUCAAGCAUUGGUUCCGGAACACCUUGUUCAAGGAGCGUCAGCGAAACAAGGACUCCCCAUACAACUUCAGCAAUCCGCCCAUCACGAGCCUGGAGGAGCUCAAGAUAGACUCGCGGCCCCCUUCCCCGGAACCUCAGAAGCACGAGUACUGGGGGAGCAAGAGAUCCUCCCGGACGCGCUUCACGGACUACCAGCUGCGGGUCCUGCAGGACUUCUUCGAUGCCAACGCUUACCCAAAGGACGAUGAAUUCGAGCAGCUUUCCAACUUGCUGAACCUCCCCACCCGAGUCAUAGUGGUCUGGUUUCAGAACGCCCGACAGAAGGCCCGGAAAAACUACGAAAACCAGGGAGAGGGCAAGGAUGGGGAAAGGCGCGAGCUUACCAACGACAGGUAUAUCCGAACGAGCAAUUUAAACUACCAGUGCAAAAAAUGUAACUUAGUCUUUCAACGUAUUUUUGAUCUUAUUAAGCAUCAGAAAAAGCUGUGUUACAAAGACGAGGAUGAGGACGGGCAGGACGACAGCCAAAACGAGGACUCCUUGGACGCCAUGGAACUGCUGACUCCCACCAGUUCCUCCUGCAGCACCCCGAUGCCCUCCCAGGCCUACAGCGCCCCGGCCUCAUCGGCCAACGCGGCGUCUUCGACCUUUCCGCAGCUCAACACGGAGGCUGACGAGUCCUCCGCCUUCGGCUCGAAAAUGGAAGCUACGGAUGAGAAACCAAAGCAGCCUGAACCUCCCAGUUCACAGCCAAACCAAACCCAAGAGAAGCAAGUACAACCAAAGCACGAGUCUCAGCAGCAGCCGCAGCAAGACCAGUUGGAACAGAAGACGAGCACAGCCCAGCAGAAGAAUCCUCCGCUGUCCUCUCCGGCCCUGCAGCAGCCGCCCCAGCAGGUGCCUCCCCCUCAGUGUUCCCUACCCCAGUCAAGCCCCAGCCCGUCCUCGCAGCUCUCCCAUCUGUCUCUCAAGCCUCUUCACACAUCCACUCCCCAACAGCUGGCCAACCUACCUCCUCAGCUCAUCCCCUACCAGUGUGACCAGUGCAAACUGGCAUUCCCCUCCUUUGACCACUGGCAAGAACAUCAGCAGCUUCACUUUUUAAGUGCGCAGAACCAGUUCAUCCACCCCCAGUUUCUGGACAGGACGCUGGACAUGCCUUUCAUGCUGUUUGACCCCAGUAACCCACUGCUCGCGAGUCAGCUGCUCUCCGGAGCCCUGCCCCAAGUCCCCGCGAGUUCGGCGACGUCCCCUUCCACGCCAACCUCCACGAUGAACACUCUGAAGAGGAAACUGGAGGAGAAGGCCAGUGCUAGCCCUGGGGAAAAUGACAGCGGGACAGGAGGAGAGGAGCCUCAGAGAGAUAAGCGCUUAAGGACGACCAUUACCCCAGAACAGCUGGAAAUCCUCUACCAAAAGUACCUGCUGGACUCCAACCCAACCCGGAAGAUGCUUGAUCACAUUGCACAUGAAGUGGGCUUGAAAAAGCGUGUGGUGCAAGUUUGGUUUCAGAACACCCGAGCUCGGGAAAGGAAGGGACAGUUUCGGGCUGUUGGCCCCGCCCAGGCCCACAGGCGGUGCCCUUUCUGUAGGGCGCUUUUCAAAGCUAAGACUGCUCUAGAGGCCCACAUCCGGUCCCGUCACUGGCACGAAGCCAAAAGAGCCGGCUAUAACUUGACUCUGUCUGCAAUGCUGUUGGAUUGUGAUGGCGGGAUACAGAUGAAAGGAGACAUUUUUGACGGAAGCGGCUUUUCCCACUUGCCACCGAGCGGCAGUGAUGGCCAGGGUGUCCCCCUCUCUCCGGUGAGUAAAACCAUGGAGCUGUCCCCCAGAACUCUGCUUAGCCCUUCCUCCAUCAAAGUGGAAGGAAUAGAGGACUUUGAAAGUCCCUCCAUGUCCUCAGUUAAUCUAAACUUUGACCAAACCAAGCUGGACAAUGAUGACUGCUCCUCUGUCAACACAGCCAUCACGGAUACCACCACAGGCGACGAAGGCAACGCGGACAAUGAUAGCGCAACAGGAGUAGCAACUGAAACCAAAUCAUCAUCAGCACCCAACGAGGGGCUGACCAAAGCCGCCAUGAUGGCAAUGUCCGAAUAUGAAGAUCGGUUGUCUUCUGGUCUGGUCAGCCCGGCUCCUAGCUUUUACAGCAAGGAGUAUGACAACGAAGGUACAGUGGACUACAGUGAGACGUCCAGCCUUGCUGAUCCCUGCUCCCCGAGUCCUGGUGCAAGUGGGUCCGCAGGAAAGUCUGGAGAUAGCGGAGAUCGGCCAGGGCAGAAACGUUUUCGGACUCAAAUGACCAACCUUCAGUUGAAAGUCCUCAAGUCAUGCUUUAAUGACUACAGGACGCCAACCAUGCUGGAGUGUGAGGUCCUGGGCAAUGACAUUGGACUGCCAAAGAGAGUUGUUCAGGUUUGGUUCCAGAAUGCCAGAGCGAAAGAAAAGAAGUCAAAGCUAAGCAUGGCCAAGCAUUUUGGUAUCAACCAAACGAGUUAUGAGGGACCCAAAACAGAGUGCACUUUGUGUGGCAUCAAGUACAGCGCUCGGCUGUCUGUACGUGACCAUAUCUUUUCUCAACAGCAUAUCUCCAAAGUUAAAGACACCAUCGGAAGCCAGUUGGACAAGGAGAAGGAGUACUUUGACCCAGCUACCGUACGUCAGUUGAUGGCUCAACAAGAGUUGGAUCGGAUCAAAAAGGCCAAUGAGGUUCUUGGACUGGCAGCUCAGCAACCAGGAAUGUUUGACAACCCUCCUCUUCAAGCUCUUAACCUCCCCACCGCUUAUCCGGCACUACAGGGCAUUCCCCCGGUGUUGCUCCCUGGCCUCAACAGCCCGUCAUUGCCAAGCUUCACUCCAUCCAACACAGCUUUAACGUCUCCCAAACCGAACCUGAUGGGUCUGCCUGGCACCACGGUCCCUUCACCUGGCCUUCCGACAUCUGGAUUACCAAAUAAACAGUCGUCAGCCUCGCUGAGCUCCCCGACCCCAGCACAAGCCACUACGGCUGUGACCCCGCAACAACCCCCCCAGCCCCAGCAGCAGCAGCAGCCGCCGCCUCCGCCGCCAACACCGCAGCCCCAGCAGCCGCAGCAGCAGCAGCCGCCGCCGCCAACACCGCAGCAGCCGCAGCAGCGAAAGGACAAGGAAGUAGAGAAAAUGAAAGAGAAAGAAAAGGCACAUAAAGGGAAAGGGGAGACCCCGGCGGGCCCCAAGAAGGACAAAGGAGAGGCCCCCGCGGCCACCCUCUCUGCCCCGUUACCCACGAUGGAGUACGCGGUGGACCCGACCCAGCUGCAGGCCCUGCAGGCAGCCUUGACUUCGGACCCCACCGCCCUGCUCACCAGCCAGUUCCUUCCUUACUUCGUCCCCGGCUUCUCUCCUUACUAUGCCCCCCAGAUCCCGGGCGCCCUGCAGAGCGGCUACCUGCAGCCCAUGUACGGCAUGGAGGGCCUGUUCCCCUACAGCCCCGCGCUGUCGCAGGCCUUGAUGGGGCUGUCCCCCGGCUCCUUGCUGCAGCAGUAUCAGCAAUACCAGCAGAGUCUGCAGGAAGCGCUGCAGCAGCAGCAGCGACAGCUGCAGCCGCCCCAACAGCAGCAGCACCAACCGCAGAAAGUGCAGCAGCCGCAGCAGCAGCAGCAGCCGCAGCCGCAGCAGCAAGCGCCCAAAGCAAGCCAAACACCAGCCCCCCCGGGGGCUGCUUCCCCCGACAAAGACCCUGCCAAAGAAUCCCCCAAACCAGAAGAGCAGAAAAGCGCACCCUGCGAGGUGCCCCCCCACCUGCCGAAACCCCCAGAAGAGCCAGAAGCAGAAAGCAAAAGUGUGGACUCCCUCUCCGACCCCUUCAUUGUUCCAAAGGUGCAGUACAAGCUGGUCUGCCGUAAGUGCCAGGCGGGCUUCGGCGACGAGGAGGCGGCCACGAGCCACCUGAAGUCCCUCUGCUUCUUGGGCCAGUCGGCGGCGAGCCUGCAGGAGAUGGUGCUCCACGUGCCCACGGGCGGCGGCGGCGGCGGCGGCGGGGGGUCCGGCGGGGGCGGGGGCGGCGGGGGCCCCUACCACUGCCUAGCCUGCGAGAGCACCCUCUGUGGGGACGAGGCGCUGAGUCAACAUCUCGAGUCGACCUUGCACAAACACAGAACAAUCACGAGAGCAGCAAGAAACGCCAAAGAGCACCCUAGUUUAUUACCUCACUCUGCCUGCUUCCCCGGUCCUGGCACCGCAUCUACCUCGCAGUCUGCCGCUCACUCCAACGACAGCCCCCCGCCCCCCUCCUCCUCCUCUUCCUCCUCCUCCUCCUCCUCUUCCUCCUCCUCCUCCGCUUCCCCCCACGCCUCCUCCAGAAAGUCUUGGCCUCCAGGGGUCCCUCGGGCUUCGGUUGGGAAGCCUGCUUCUUUUCCUCCUCUCUCCUCAUCUUCAACGGUUACCUCAAGUUCAUGCAGCACCUCAGGGGUUCAGCCCUCGAUGCCAACAGACGACUAUUCGGAGGAGUCUGACACGGAUCUUAGCCAAAAGUCCGAGGGGCCAGCCAGCCCGGCCGAGGGGCCCCCGGCCCCCAGCUGCCCCCCCCAGGACCCUGGUCUAGCUAGUGUAGGAAUGGACCCCUUCAGAUUGUAAGCUUUGAAGAUGAACGAUUUAAAACAAACAAACACACACACACACAAACACACACACACAAAUGAAUUUAAGUAAAAAAAAUUAAUAACAAACCAAUUUCAAAAAUAGACUAACUGCAAUUCCAAAGCUUCUAACCAAAAAAAAAAAA